ACUCUACACUACAUAUUGGUCCUUUGUGUCUUCAGAAGCCCUGGCUUUCUCACACCGAUAAUCACUAUUGUUGACCUUGGAAUACAGAAUUUGAACCAGGGAUCAGAAUGCCUUCCAUAUUCCUAGUCCCCAUUUGUCUUCUGUCCAUACUGUGUGGAUUUCAGUACCAGCCUAAUAAGACUGAGAAACAUCAGGACCUCUAUUCCAAUGCGGAUACAUUAGAAAUCCCAGCUAGUCUAAAGACUGGUGUGAAAGAAGUGAUUUUUCUGGGAACUGGUAUUUCAGAGAUCAAAAAUGGGGCCUUUAAAAACAACUCCCAGCUAGAGAAGAUCAGCUUUCUUAACAAUCCUAUUGUUUCAAUAGAAACAAAUGCAUUUGAAGGUUUAGACAGCAUUACAGAUAUUGAAGUUUUAGGCAGUAAACUGCAGUUACUACCUGUUGGUGUUUUCGACCACGUUAAAACCCUGGAAACUCUCAUAUUAAAGAACAACAAAAUCAACACAAUACAGAAAGGCUUAUUCAAUGGACUUACACAUUUGAAAACGCUUGAACUGCACAUGAAUGCAAUCGAUUCACUUCCUGAAGAAAUAUUUGAUCAGCUUGAAAAUCUUGAAACUCUUCACCUGGCCAAAAACCAUAUAACCUCUGUUUCAAAAGAUAUUUUCAGUAAACUUCAUAACCUUAAAAAGCUUCGACUUUACGAGAACAAGCUCAGAGCUGUUCCUGAUGGCAUCUUUGAUAACCUGCCCAAUUUGACUGAGAUUGCACUGCAACACAACAAGAUCAAGACGUUGCCUCCUGGUUUAUUUUCACAAAAUACAAAUGUAGAGAAGCUAUACAUGGAAAAUAACUCUAUUUCACAGUUACCGUUAGGGAUUUUCUUUGGUCUUCCUAAAAUCAAAUAUCUAAAGAUUGAUAAUAACCAACUAACAAAACUGCCUGAUGUUCUUUUUGGAGCAAUGCCCAAACUGACUGAUCUUAAGCUUUCCAGCAACGCUCUCAUGACUCUCCCAGAUGGGAUCUCCAGCAAUCUCACCUCUCUAAAGAAACUGGUUCUGUCUAACAAUCACAUUACUCAAUUGACAAGCUACAUUUUUGAGGGGCUGCAAAAGCUGACGGACCUAGAUUUACAAAAUAAUAAUCUGAAGUCCUUGGACAGCCAGACAUUUGUCCUUUUGCCCAAAAUCAAAAAAAUAUCACUAAAUGGUAAUCCGUGGAAUUGUGACUGCAAUUUGAUCAAUCUCGUCAACUGGAUAAAAGCAAAUCCGACAAAGGUCAAGUCAUCUGCAUCUGGGACUUGUGAAAGUCCUGAAAAUCUGAACGGCAAAGUCUUAAAUUCCUUAACAGAAGACCAGCUCAUUUGUCCAACUACUCCUGUUGUCAUCACCACAUCAGCACAUACCACCACAAUAGCCUUCACAACUACAGUAAGUACUACAGUUCCUGCCACUACCAAGAUCGAGACUACAUCACAACCAACAACAGAGGAAGACACAACCACCACCUUGACUACCAAUGAAGCCAUACCCACCACUACAGUGAUGCCAACCACACUGGCAACUACAACCGAGCAGCUCACAUCCACAGAGCCAACAACAAUAUUUACAACCUCCACAGAGCUUGAAACCACAGUUCAGACCACCACAGUUCCUGCCACUACCAAGAUCGAGACUACAUCACAACCAACAACAGAGCUUGAAACCUCCUCUUUCCACCCACAGACAACCAGUUCCUCUCCCACUUCGUUGACAACCACACCCACCACCUCAAACAAAGGUGAAGACACAGAGGAUGAACAUAGGCAGAGCAAGGGCCUCAAGAAAGAGGUUCUGAUCACAAUCAUUGUGCUGGUCUGUACCGUUGUCAUCUCUCCUGUGAUUAUCUGCCUAGCAUGCCGGAGUAACAAAAAACGCUCUGGUGCCAGAUUAACACAGGUGACCAAAAGGAAUGCAGUCAUUUAAUAGAGAGAGAGAGAGAGAGAGAGAGAGAGAGAGAGAGAGAGAGAGAGAGAGAGAGAGAGAGAGAGAGAGAUAGAUACUGUGCAGAUAUCACAUUGAGGCAUGUAUGACUAACUACUGAAGGUUUUCCAAAGCUUAUCUGUAUGCAGUCAUUUAAUAUAUAUAUAUAUAUAUAUAUAUAUAUAUAUAUAUAUAUAUAUAUAUAUAUAUAUAUAUAUAUAUAGUACUGUGCAAAAGUUUUAGGCAGGUGUGAAAAAAUGCUGUAAAGUAAGAAUGCUUUCAAAAAUAGACAUGUUAAUAGUUUAUAUUUAUCAAUUAACAAAAUGCAAAGUGAGUGAACAGAAGAAAAAUCUACAUCAAAUCAAUAUUUGGUGUGUCAAUCUGGGGCAAUAUGGAGGCUGUCUAUCUAACUAUCUGCCUGUCACACUUACUCUCUGUGACAGACCUGUUAACCAAAAUGUAAAGAGGAGCACUGUAAUCAAACCAUAGAUAAUGAAGACUGCUGUGCGGUGCCACUUCGAAGGUACUGUACAGACACAAAGCAAUACAACUGAUGGGGGUGCUUCAAUUAAACAAUAAUAGGUUUGUUGUGUUUGUUUUUUUAAAUAAAACAGAAACCUUAACCUUUCCCAAAGUUCAGCAUUUCUUCUUGUCAGCAAGAAAGAGUUUCAAUCUUAGUACAAUGGUUCCGGAACUCUAUUCUCGGAGUGUUUACUGGAAGAACCCUGUGCCCUGCUCCACACCCACUGUAAUCCACUCUACACUACAUAUUGUCAUCACCACAUCAGCACAUACCACCACGAUAGCCUUCACAACUACAGUAAGUACUACAGUUCCUGCCACUACCAAGAUCGAGACUACAUCACAACCAACAACAGAGGAAGACACAACCACCAUCUUGACUACCAAUGAAGCCACACCCACCACUACAGUGAUGCCAACCACACUGGCAACUACAACCGAGCAGCUCACAUCCACAGAGCCAACAACAUUAUUUACAACAUCCACAGAGCUUGAAACCACGGUUCAAACCACCACGGAGAUGUCAACCCCAAUGAGUACCACCGCUGCACAAACCACAGCCCUGCCAACAACUACAGGGGCCUGGACAACCAACGCCCUAACAACCUCCACCCUGCCCAAACUACAGAGCAAACAACUACCAUUGUAAAAACGGCAUCACCAACCACAACUACAGAGCAAACAACUACCAUUGUAACAACGGCAUCACCAACCACAACUACAGAGGACACUGCUGCAAUUUCAACCUGGUCACCUGACGCUAUUCCAAGCCAGUGCUCCCUUACUGAAGUAGAUGGGACUAGUGUUAUAAACUGUGUGAUCUCUAAAUGUCCUGUGAUUAAGGCUGAAGCACAGAUAUUUGAUGAUGACAAUAAGAAUGGAUUCAAUCACAGACUCUUUUGUGACUUGUCUCAAUCCUCUCAGUGUGCCAAGGCUACUUUGACCAUUAUUAUUAACUAAACCUUGAGGUCAACUUGAAAUAAAAUAACAGCUUGUAUGCCUAUAUUGUUAAUAGUGUAGAAACUGUAGUUCACAGUUUAAUUAAAUUGUUAUUGUAUUUACUGAGCAUGUAUGCUUUUAUGUCCGCAUACUUGUAUCUGAAGUUAUAAUUAUUUUGUGCAUUCUAUCAAAUCAAUCAAAUUUAUUUAGUGUAGCGCCUUUCAUGCCAAGGCAUCCCACAAAGUGCUUCACAUUACAAAUAAAUAUACUAUACAAUAAUAUAAUAUAAUAUACAAUAAAAUCUUCAAAAACAUCCAAAAACAAAUGGUGGGUGGGGGGAAUAAAAUAAAUACAUAUAGACAAAACUCUAAAAUAGGCCAUCCCAAUCUACAAAAAGGCCUCUGCGUAAAGAUAUGUUUUAAGCUUUGAUUUAAAUGCAUUUAUUCAGUCAGCAUUACGGAUUUCAAUUGGAAGAUUGUUCCAUAAUACAGGUGCAUAAUGACUAAAGGCUCUUCCACCACAAGAGCUACGUUUUAUCAUUGUAGUCAAAGGAAGCCCAGCAUCAGCAGAUCUCAACUGGCGUCCAGGGACAUAACGUAAAAGCAUAUCAUUAAUGUAAGCAGGGCCAUUUCCAGAGACAGACUUAAAUGUCAUUAAUAACAUUUUAAAAAUAACGCUGUACUUCACCGGAAGCCAAUGCAUGCGGGCAAGAACAGGUGUAAUAUGUUCAAAUUUCUACGUCAGAUUCUGCAAGAUACAAACAGACUUGAGAUUUAUUCCGCAAAUGAUAAUACGCAGACUUCACUACAGUUGAAAUGUGAUGAAAACUAAGAGUAGAAUCAAAUAAGACUCCAAGACUUUUCACAGCUUGCGAAGAGCUGAUGGGGGGUUUGCCAAAGGUCAUUGGUUGUGGGAUUUUAUUUAAUGCUGUUUUAGAGUCAAUUAAAAUAAAUUCAGUUUUAUUUGCAUUUAA